AUGCAAAAGCUGAGGCCGUGUGUCACAGCUUUGACCGCUGUUCCGGUGUGCCACUCCGCACAGCUGGUCACUACACACCGGCUGAGUUCCUCAGCGUAUCCUUUCGUGUCUGCCGCAAACGGCGUCGUGUCAGUUCGCUCCAAGGGUUACGGACCUUCCAAGGACCUACUCAAAGGUAUAGACCCCAAGAGCCGGGUUAUGAUAGAAUCGAAGCUUCACCCUGAGGACCUCUCCCUCCAGCGCACUGUCCUUGCUCUUGCGAUGCCAAGUAUUCAGGAAAUUUCUGUGGUGGAUAAUCUCGACAGCCAUGAUUACAAGAUCGCGCCUGCUGAGGGGUUGACGAGCGGGAUAAUACCAGAAAAGAACCCUAAUUUAAAGGCCACUGAUGCGUUGACGCGGAUGGAGUUGUUCGAAAGCACGCUCACCGAGCAAUUAGCCACCGUAUCGAAUCUCAUUAUAAGGCAAAUUUGUACAUCUAGGAAAGUGGAUCUUGAUACCAUGGAAGCAUCCCAAAGCAACGAGAUGCGCACGUUAGCUAACCUAGUGAUUCAAUGCAUCCGUGAUGAGCUGAAAGAUACGCUUCGCAGCACUCUAUCCACGAACGCCAAAGCCCCUUCGUUGCCAAAUGUUGAAGAUCUUUCUAAACGAAUCAGCCAACAGGUCGCACUAUCAUUGGAGAAGCAACUACAGUCGAACCAAACGCAGGAAAAAGUUAUUUCAACGGAGGUAGUUGAAAAAAAACUCAGCAGCUAUUUCGAGCAUCUAGAGGCCUCGCUAAAGUCUGCCUUUACAGAGUUUAGUGCGAUCCAACUUUCUUCACAAAGCGACAGCGGGGCUACAUCUGCGCAAACUGGGCUUUCUGACGAAGCACGCGAUUCCAUUUUGAAUACUAUUGAGCAAUCCGCCCGUCUCCAGCAUGAAAAUCUCCUUAAUGCGCUUGAAGAUAGCAUCAGCACGCACUUUUCAAAGAUAGACAGCAGAGAUAAUGUCCAAAGCGCCCCCAAGGGGAUUGAUGUAGGGGCUCUGCAGAACUUUAUCGAGUGCUCGCUGGAUAAAGCCACGGAUGACAUUCGGCACUCUAUUACGGCGGAGAUCAAGAAGGCGAUGGGAAAGAAAUCACUGGAAGCCAAUAAAACGAAUGAGAGUAGUAGCAACGCUUGGCAUGAGGAGAUGGGGGCGUUCUCGUUGUCUAUAGACAAGGCAGUGAUGGCCGCGCAGAACGCGUUUACCCGCACUGAGGCUGUUGACGAAGCAAUUCAGUUUGUAGCCAAAGACCAGAAGAAGAUAGCGCAGACCAUGUUGGAUCUGAAAAAGCUUCUCCAAAAUGAACUAGAUACACGCCAUAGAGACACUACUGGCGGUCAACCUUCUAUUGUGGAUUACCUUGGCGAGAUAAGUCCUCUCAUUGAGGACCUCAAAAAGUCCCUUGUCCAGUUCGAUGCAUCGAUGGAGGUCCGACAGGGGCAAACUGAAGAUCGAUUGCUGAGCGUCGCUCAGGUAAUCACAGAAAGUGUGGAAGCGGCGGUGGAGGCCCGCACCGCUUCCGUCCUAACCUCCGCCAUCUCCACUGUUGAUCAGCAGCUACAGCGAAUUUUUGAAGUGAUUCAGUCCAGCCAAGCAAAGGAGGAGCCCGCUCCAAUCCCGCCUCCCCCAAGCCGAGCGGAUAUCGAAGCGGUUGUGGAGGCGGUGCUGGUGCCAAAGGUGGAGACGUUUAUCGCACAGUUGGAGGGCGCAGUGGCAUCCAAAUGGGAUCCAGACAACAUGGCGCACUUAGCCAACAGCAUUUCGAAGUCUGUGAGUCUUGUAAUCGAAGAGGAAUACCGCCGCCGAGAGGAGCAAGCUGCGAACGCGCCGCCGCCGUCGUCUGAUCGUGAUGACAACUUGACGGAAAGUUUGGAUCGGCUCCGGGUUGACCUGGUUUCGACAGUGGAGCAGGAGAUGGGCAAACCACACGAGGUCAACCUCACUCCGAUGUACCAAUACAUUGACAGCAUACUCGUGUUUCUUAAGGAUUCUUUUGCUACACAGGAAACCAACCUGGAUCGAAAAGUCGAGGAGCUUUCAAAAAACCUGUCGACUAUGAUGACUGACUCCAUCGCAGCCCAAACCCAGGAACAACUGACAAAAGCCCGUCAACAGGAACCCUUGGCGAUAUCUGAGUCCAGUCCGGAGGCCAGAGAAGCUAUGCACGCCGAUGGGCAAGAUGGGGACGCUCGUUCCGAAGAGGCGCUAGGGAAGCUCACCACCACCAAAAGUCUGAAGGGAUUUAUGGAGCAGGUUGAGGCUUCACUAGCUGAGGCUGUGGCGCCCCUUGCCGCAUCCUUGUCUUCACGGAGUACUGACGAUGCGGCUAUCACUUCAACAAUCACUGAGACCGCGAUGACGCUUCGUAACCAAAUUAGCGCAGUUGAAGAUUCAAUAUCGCGACUCAGUGCGCAUCAUCAUGAAGACAUGGCCUCCAGUCUAAGUAAUCUCUUGCAGACUGUCGAUAUGAAGUCCGUGAAGGAGGGCUUAACAAACAUUCAGAGUGUUCUUGGUGAGCAAGCCGCCACUUUAGAGUCCCUUCGGCUAUCAACGGACCGCGUUCUUGAUGAAAAGCAUGGCGUCGAAAAGUCCAAUUCUGAUGAAAUCGCUCAGCGGUUUCUCAAUUUUCAGACGCAGGUUUCGAACCAGUUUGAAAGCUUCAAAACACUCUUGGAAAAGAUCGACCAGACAAACCAACAGCAGAUUCUUACACUUGUACAGCAGAUACAGGAAAAUAUACUUAAACUUCAUGAGAUGAAUCAGAAAAACCAACAACAAUUGGAGGAUACGAGUGCCUCGGCUGAUACUACUCCUAGCGAGGAGGUUAAAGAUGAUGAAGAUAAUUAUGAAGAUGUUCGAAAAAUUGUCAAGGAGGCAGUGAACGAAGUCCUGAAGGGGGAACUAGUGACCUCUUUUCAGACUAUUCAACAGGAUUUGGCAAAUUUAAAUGAGAGCAAAGAGUCAACCAAGCGAGAGCUUCUUACCUCGAUUGAAGGUAUUACUAAACGGUUAGACGAACAAAAAGCUAUUCAGUCGAGUGCUCCACCCAUGCUCAAGAAGGACGACAUAGAGUUGGCGAUUUCUUCCCACACAGAAAAUAUCAAGCGAUUGCUAGAGUCCCAGUCUACAAAUUUGCUUCACGAUGUAUCGGAAAACCUCGCAAUUCGAGAGGACUCCGUUUAUACUCAGAUCAGCGACACGAUAAAGAGCACUCAGGCAGAUUACGAGAAGAAAUUACACGAAGGCAUGGAGAAGAGUAUGGGUAAACAGACCCAGCAAUUCCAUGGCUUUGUAGUUGGUGAGAUCAACAGAGCUGUGGCGUCAGCCAAAUCGAAUGCCACGAUCACAAUUGAUCCUCAGAGCAUUGCAAAACAAGUCGUUGAGCUUUUAGAGGAACAAAACAAUCUGAAACAUGCGGUUCCUGACUUACCACAAGAAGCUAUAGAACAAAAGGAGCCUGAAACGCCUGAGAGUCGUGAGGUAUCUGCAUCUUAUUUACAACCCCCUAUGUGGUGGCUUCCACUAAUGAUCUUUUCACUGUGUGUGGUAAUUUUUGCGUGUGCGUACUACCUCUUUGCAUGCUUUCUCUUAGCCUUUGUACCCGCCCCUGAACAGUGCCUUACACCUCGUUUGGAAGCGUCUGAGACCUUUCAUCGUCAUAAUGUCAAAUUCCAAGAAGCUAAGCGUGGACGGCGAGUAGUUGAUCAAGUCCUGUGA